CUUGGGUCUCUCUCGGUACCAAAAGGUCGCGACGUCGAUCAGCUCAAUCCGGCCGAGGAAGGAAAUGUCAUCAUCGACCAUCAUCAUCAUCCUUCUUGAUAUUCUCCUACCGAUAUCAUCACAACAGCUCAACAGUCACCUCAAAAUAGCCAUACAGCGUGAGAUAUUUGUGCUGUUUGCCAAGAAAAAAAAGCCGGUUUUGGACGCUUCGAAACGAGCUCGACACCAUACCGUACCAGAUGCUACCUGAACAAUAAGACAAUCGCACACCGUCGACAAAUCGGUCCUGCACAUUCAUAUAUCGAGACCAGUGGGAGGUCUCAAUCUUUGUUACCGGAGGGUCAUCAAGUAGGCAAGAAGACUCUACCAUGCCGGUGCAGGUGGACGGCGGUCCGGCCUCAUUAACGUCGCCAUCAAGAGCAGGAAUGGAAGAUCUCGAACUCUCCGAGCUGGAUAUCGCCCAGCUCAGAACGCUCUUAUUACAAUCCCGUGGAAUAAUAGCUGGGCUCAAGGAAGAGCUACAUACAGCUACAACUACAACCACAACCUCAACAUCUUCCUCCUCAUCAACAACAACAUUACCCUCUUCGCGGAAGCCCAACUCUUUGACGAACAAUACCAACAGUAACAGCCACAACAACCCACAUCCGCAUACACAUACACAGAAUUCAAUACCUUCCAGCCAACACGCAUACGACCUUAAAAGUCUCGCCGAGACGCCCACUCCUACUCGGACGGGCUUUGAUGUUAUCGGCGCGGCGGAGUCUGGGUUUUAUAGCCUGAAUGAUGAGGUCGGACAUGGAGUGGGAGUUCAAAGGUACCAGGCUGGGGAUGAGGAGCAAACAGGGGAAAACACAGGGGGAAACACAGGGGAGGACCGAACGACCCGGGCGGGAACGCCUAUACCUAGCCUAAACGUAGAUUCCGGUGUCGGUCCGGCUGUCCAUCUUCCUCUCAACCCAUCCACAUCUACGACCUCGCCCACAUCUCCAUCCACGACUCUCAAUCCGAAUCCUUACUCCCCAAAUCCUUAUCAUGGGGAAUCACAAAAACAGGAUCAAGACGCUAUAGAAACCCUCGAACAAGAGAAAACGACCUCGACUAAGAAGAAACGUCCCGCUUCAAUCUUGGGGUUGAAAAGGAUCCCUUCGAGCAUCGUGCAGACGACGGCGGCGUUGCAUUCCGGCGGUUCUGGGAUAGGGGUGCAAGGCGGGGCUGGGGUAAUUGGAGGUGGUAUGAGGAACUUUUCCGCUGGGAAUUCGAAUUCAGUUACAAGUCAGAACCCGAACCCGAACCUCAGUCCGAACCCGAACGCCACCUCCGCCUCCGGGUCAACCACUCCAAAUUCAACAACAACAUCCCGUCCUCCCUCCCCCGGACUCGCACUCGCCAUCCCCUCCAUGUUAUCGACCAAAACCCGGCGCGUAUCAUCAGGCUUGACCACACCAUCCGGGCGGAUGAUAGAAGAAUUGCAGAUCGAGGUCGUCAACCAGAAAGCCGCUGGGGAUAGGGCUAGGGAGGAGUUGAGGUUGAGUCAGAGGGUUAUCGGGCAGUUGACGCGGCAGAACGACGAUCUGAGGGAGACGAAAGAACGUCUACGGGCAGAGUUGGAAGGGAUGAACAAGCAGAUGGAUAGGAAACAAAAGUUGUUGUCCGAGGUCCUCGAACGAGCUCGGACCGCCGAAUCCGCCGUGCAAACGCAUCUCAAAGACCGAAAGACGCUCGAGACCAACACUACAAAGUCUCUAGCCGAGAUGACGGCCAAAUUGCAAGAAGCGCAGACGCUGGCGACGAAGAGCGAGAGGGAGGCCGUCGUCCUCCGAGACGGGUUCGCUCAGUACAAGGAGAUGCAGAAGAGGGAGUUGGGCGAAUUACGGGCGGAGAUGGCGAGGUUGGUAGAGGGGACGAGGACGGAGAUGGAAGAGGCCACGACCAAGCGGAAUCAGCUAGUUAAGGCUUUACAAGCGCGGACCGCCUCGGCUGCUGCAGUGGAAGAACUUUUGCGGGAAUCCCGCGCGCUACAAGCUCAAGGGGAAGAACGGCUCAAAGACGAGAUAGAGCAGCUGAAACGUGAUCUGGUCAACGACCCCUCGACUCGGGCGUUGGCUAUGGCAGAAUCCUUGACGGAAGAACUCGCACGGAUGAAACGCCUCAUGCGAGCCAACGCGGUCGACGAAACGUGACGUGACUUCGGUUCCAAUCCUUCAGCAGGAACGAUACAUACCUCGAAACGAUGGCUCUUGACGAUGCACAGGCUCUAACUUUCUCUCUGGUACUCCCUUACGACAUUGCACGACGUUCUUGAACAUUUCUCAGAUAUACCUUACUUAGAUGGACGAUGAUGUACUUUUCCCGAAUUACGAGAUGGAUGUCAUGACAGGGUCAAUCCAAGCAGCGACGGGCCCGUUCUGA